CACGUUGAACACCAAAUGUGAUUGCCUGACAUGGUCUCAGCACUCCUGCACAAACUAUGGCACCCUGGUCUUUGAUCUCGCCCGCUUCCCGAGGCAUUGGCUUCGCCCUGGCCCGGAGAGUAUUGCAGACCACAAACGCGCCAGUUGUGGUGACAGCACGGAGAGAUCUUGACAAGACCAAAGAGGCACUGCUUGAAGGCCUGGGUGUUGACAAGGCAAGGUUGACAGUUCUAAAACUCGAUGUUCUUGACGAAUCAACCAUCGCCGACGCAGCAGCAGCAUGCAAAGAACAAUUUGGUCCAGGCUCACACAAGCUGCAACUCGCUUUCAUUGUUCCUGGGCUGCUCUUUCCAGAAAAGUCGCCGACUCAAAUCAAUGCCGAUGACGCGCUACUCACCUUUCGUACCAAUACGUUAGGCCCUAUGCUGAUGCUCAAGCACUUCGCACCAUUUCUGCCAAAGAAGAGUACGGUUCCGAAUACAAACGAGAGUGAGAUGAAAGGCUUACCGUCCAGCUCAACAACCGCAGUCAUGUCAGCACGCGUAGGCUCCAUCUCAGAUAAUCGCCUCGGAGGCUGGUAUAGCUAUCGCUCGUCCAAAGCCGGUGUCAAUCAGUUGGUGAAGACAUUCGACAAUCACCUGCGGACUGCAUCUGGUGAGAACGCCAUGGCGGUCGCGCUACAUCCUGGUACAGUGAAGACAGAUUUGAGCAAGGACUUCUGGAGUAAUGUUAAAAAAGAGAAGUUGUUUGAGAGAGACUGGGUAGCCGAAAGACUUUUUGACGUGGUCAAGCAGGUAGGAACGGAGGGACGGGGCAAGUGCUGGGACUGGGAUCAGAAGGAAGUACCUCCAUGAUCACCAAAUCACGCAGACAUAGAUAUUGCCUGGCGCAAAUCAACACUGAUCUUCGCUGCCUCUGCCAACAUCACCACAUUCAUACUCUAGCAUCACUCG